AUGCGCAGCCCGGUCAUCGCCUUUUCUCUCAUCGCCGCCGCCGCGGUCAGCCCUUCCCUCGUCUCUGGUGCGCCCACGUCGCCCCAGCUCGACCAGGCCCUCCGCCAGACCGAGGCCGCCGCGAAGACCCACCAGAUCCGCGGCCUCCCCGAGCCCAUCGGCACCGUCGCUGACACGGUCACCGGUCUCGCUGGUGGCGCCGCUCCCGCCGCUCCCGGCGCCCCCGCCGCCCAGCCAAGCAAGGCGGCCCACACCGACAUCGACGAGCCCCUCGCGCGCACCCAGGCAUUCCGUCAGAACAAAGGCGUACCCGGUGUCCCUUCGGCUCAGGGUCAGGGUCAGGGUGCUGGCAAGGGCACCAACCCGGCACAGAACCAGCAGCGGCCUGUGGCGAAGGCGGCUCCCACGGAUAGGCAGCGCGCGAGGCGUGCCGACUACGACUCUCAGUACCAGUACGACAGCUACAAGGCCGGUGGUGACGCGUACUCUGGUUCUUCGGGCAAGGUCGACGGUGGUAGCGCCAUCAACAACGUCGAUAGCUACGACCGCCUUCACCAACGCCGCAGCGUCCACGGUUUCGCCUUCGGUGGUAACGGCUACGGCAAGGGACCCGGUGGCGACGCCUACACCGGUAACUCCGGCACCGCCGAGGGUGGUUCGAUUGUGAACACGAACGACGGCGACUUCGGCUAUGACGACCGCUACGACCGCUACAACCACAACAAGUACAACCAGCAGGUCGGCGACGGCGUGGCAGUUGCCAACACCAACGCCGCGGGCAGCAAUAUUGGUGGCACCGGUGGCUUCUCCGAGAGCGGUACCGCUGUUGGCGGUGAUGCCGACUACAAGGAGUACGACAGCGGCAACUACUACUACAACAACCGCCACAACGACGGCUACGGCGACCGCUACAGCGAGGAGGACAGGCCCUACAAGCGUGCGGAGGACAAGUACGCCGCGGGUGGUUCCGCCUACUCUGGUUCGACCGACGAUGUCAACGGCGGUUACAUUGCCAACAAGGUCAGCUCGGAGGACACCCUCACCAACACCGGCGCCAACACCGGUGGUGCCGCAGGUGGUACUUACUCUGGUGACGCCUACGGCGGUAAGGGGUACGGGUACGGCCCUGGCGGUAAUGCCUACACCGGUUACUCCGGCAAUGCCGCCGGCGGUACUGUCUACAACGAAGCAGGGAUGAUCACGAACAACCCCGCCGCCCGCUGA